CAGCUGAAUAUAAACCGUUUGCCCACAGCCCAAUACUCCACACUCUUCUCUGUCUAGGGUUUCACAAUCCUUAUCCGGAAGUUGCCCAUCCGAGCUUCAGCAAUGGCAGAUGAGGUGCAGUACGCAUCGGGAGGCGGCGAAUCUAACAAGCGCAAGUACGAGGACAACCAGCCGCCGCCAGUGCCACGGAGGCCGACCGGGUUCUCGUCGACGCCGGAGGUGGUCGUCCCGCUUCCGUCGUACAACACCGUGCCGCCUCCAAUGAACGAGAUUGAGCUGGCCAAGCAGAAGGCACAGGAGAUUGCAGCCAGGCUCAUUAACAACGCGGAUGCCAUCAAGAGGGCUAGAGUCGAGAAUGGAUCUGGUAGCGGAGGCUAUGAUUCCAAUGAUGGGGGCACAGGCUUCUCCUCUUCUCCGUUCCCGCCCUCUGGUCAAAAGCCUAUGGGUUUGGGCCUUGGGGGUCCGCCACAAGGUGCAUCAUAUGGUUAUCCCGGUCCAACCAAGAAGAUUGAGAUACCAAAUGGCAGAGUUGGUGUUAUAAUUGGCAAAGGUGGGGAGACUAUUAAGUAUCUUCAACUUCAGUCGGGGGCAAAGAUUCAGGUCACUAGAGACAUGGAUACAGACCCUAAUUCUUCUACCAGAGGAGUCGAACUCACGGGUACACCCGAUCAAAUAGUUAAGGCUGAGCAGUUGAUUAAGGAUGUUCUUGCUGAGGCUGAAGCAGGUGGUUCUGGCACCGUUUCUCGGCAGCUUACUGGACAGCCACCUGGAGCAGAACAGUUUGUAAUGAAAGUUCCUAACAACAAGGUGGGGCUUGUUAUUGGUAAAGGAGGUGAAACCAUUAAGAAUAUGCAAGCAACUUCAGGGGCUCGUAUCCAAGUGAUACCUUUACAUUUGCCACCGGGGGAUAUGUCGUUGGAGAGGACUGUGCAAAUUGAUGGAAGCAGUGAACAGAUAGAGUUUGCGAAACAGUUGGUCAAUGAAGUCAUCAGUGAGAAUCGCCUUAGAAAUCCAGCAAUGACCGGUGGUUAUGCUCAGCAAGGUUAUCAAAAUCGACCUCCUACAAGUUGGGCACAGCCCGGUGCACAAAUGCAGCAACAACCUGGUUUUGGCUAUGCUCAACCCGGUGCAUACUCAGGUCCGUCACAACCCCAAUAUAACACAAAUCAACCAUAUUAUCCCGGUUAUCCUCCUCAACCCACCUCAGGUGGAUAUGCUACCGGCUGGGACCAAACAACUGCUCCACCAAAUCAGCAAGCUGCUCAGGGAGGCGGCUAUGAUUAUUAUAGUCAGCAGCCACCUGCUUAUAGUCAAGGACAAGGCUACUCCCAAGAUAGCUAUGGUGGAUAUAAUUCUACGGUACCUCAAGCUAGCUAUGGUCAGCCCCAGCCAAAUCCCGUUCCGGGCUAUGAUCAGCUGCAACAAGGUUACAAUUCUACCUAUGGUAAUGUUUCAAACCCAACAUCCGAUGGCCAGACCUCUGCAUAUGGAACCACAGGCGACACCAUUGAUGCACCUACAUCUGGCCAGUCUGGUUAUGGGGUCCCCCCGACCUCCCAGGGUGCUUAUGGAGCCCAAACCCCAACAGGUUAUGGCCCUCCUCAAAGUCAAAAACUUCCUAGUCAGCCAGCUUAUGGGCAGCCACAGCAGUCACCAAGUGCCCAAGGAAGGUAUUCUCAGCCUCAGGUGCAGCCCAGCUACGCUCAGUCUCAGCCUCCACCCACUCAACCGGGUUAUCCCCAAUCAGAUUCCAGUAUCCAGCGACCAUCAUCGGGCUAUCCAACAUCUCAGCCAGGGUACGGUCCCCCACCUUAUGGAGCACCUCCCACACAACCGGGGUAUGGUCAACAGCAGCCACCACUGCAUAACACAGCUUAUGGUGGUGGUCAUUCCCAACCUCCAGUUUACUCCGCUGAUGGUGCACGUGGAACUUAUGAUGCAGCUCCAACCUCUCAAACUGUCCAGCCUAGUGGAUCUGCUAAAGCCUCACCGCCUAGUUGAUGUGUCAUGUCUAUGAUACUUGGGUAUAUGCCGUGAUCCCAUAAAUGGUAAGCAUAUGGUUUAAAUGAGGUCUACUCAAGUAUAGUAGAAUCAGAGAAUUGAAUUUGCUAUUUUUUUAUCGUGUUUUUUUAAUAUGGGAUUCAGGUAUCUUUUCGCUUUGUAUUACCAUUAUCCUUAGCUAUCAUUGCUCAUCGUGUUAUGGAUAUAAUUGCUCUAGAUUAUGUUUCAUU